UUCUUUAAUAUAUAAUUAGAGAUGGUCGUGAAGUAGGUAUCGUUUCCUAAGUGAUAUAUGAUUUGGAGUGGAGUUGGUUGGGAAAAUCUAACUUCUCGUAGAACACUUACCUGCUCUUUCUCUGAGUACAAAAUUUACCCCGGACACGGAGGUAUGUACAUUCGCAAGGAUGGACAGCCCGUUCACUUCCUUAAUCACAAGUGCUGCUCUCUUGGAUCUCAGAAGAAGAAGCCCGCUCGUAUUCGAUGGACUACUGCUUGGAGACGCAAUAACAAGAAGGCAGAGGCGACAGAGAAGAGCAAGCGCCGUAGCCGCAAGUCUUUCAAGGUUCAGAAGGCCAUUGCUGGAAUGUCUGUGAGUGAUAUCCAGAAGAAGAGAGACCAGAAGACCGAGAUUAGAAACAAGUCUCGCGAGGCUAUUCUUGCUGAGAUUAAGAACCGCAAGGCGAAGAAGGCUAAUAAGUAAACAUCAGGAUGCAUUACUAAGUUGUAUUAAAGAUGUCUGCUU